AUGUUUGCCGUGUUUGCAGCCGUUGCUGGGCAGCCGCCAUCGUCAACACCCCCCAAACACGACAUCACCACUGCACGUUUGGACUCCGCCGAGACCACAACCCCGCGUCGCAACCAUGUCCGGCCGUCGACACCCAACAGCUCGCCGCUCAAGCCAAAGGAGACGCCAACGACGCCCUCACAAGCCAACCUGCGACAGUCAACAACAAGCAAUGCAUCGCAAAACCCCCCCUCGUGGCUGAACACGCGAGGCACCACGAACACGGCAGAUGUGCCCGCUUCGCCCUCACGGAACAUCCCUUCGCCCACGCGCAACUCCUCUUCCUCGACCAUAGCCACCGUCCGGCCGCUGAGCACAGCAUCGCUGGCUGCGAAAUUCGACGGCGGACGAGACAGCAUCACCCCGCCACUGGUGGAGAGGUCGUCGUCGUACGAAAGGCUGGUGUCGGAGAAGCUGGCGCCCGUUGAAAGAGCGUCGUCGUACCAGGGCAUCGUACCCGAAAAGCUUGCACCCGUCGAGAAGUUCACCCCUUACGAGAGGCCGGUAGAGAGACCAGCACCAUUAGCAACACGUCCGGCGCCCUUGACACGGACAGUCACUAGUGAUGCGCUGUCGAGAGUUCCCCCGCCGCUUCUACACAGCAUGCGCGAGUGUUUCAGUGUCAUGGACCGCGAUAACGAUGGACAUGUUAACUCGGCGGAUGUUGCCGACAUGCUGUCGCAGCUCGGACUCUCUGCUACGCCGUCGACACUUGCAUCAUACUUCAACGGCGCGCAAUCAAUCAAUCUCGCCACCUUCUUGAACACACUGUCAGACCUACUCAGUGGCCUAUCGCGUUCGAGCGAGCUGAGUGCAGCAUUCGAAGCUUUCGACGAUGGAGACGACGGCCAGAUCGAUCUCGCCGAACUGAAGGACGCCCUACUACAUACUGCACCAGAGCCUGGAGAGCGCAAACUGACGGAGCGCGAAAUCGACAUGGUCGUCGAAGGCUUCAGUGGACGGAGAGCGUUCGGCAAAGGCGGCAAGGGGCUAGGCAGAGGCGAAGUGUUCCGAUACCAGGAGUUCAUGGCAAGUCUCACCGGAGGAAGCGGAGGCGAGAAUGGCGAGGAUGCUUCAGCGCCAGCGUAA